AUGCAGGCUCAAGCACAUGCUGCAGAUACCGCUAAUUAUUUUGCCGCUCGAGCGAAUAAGGAUCAGACAGGAAAAAGACCAAGUCGCCCGUCACGUCGUGGGCAUACCCCAAAAGUCAUCACAGGCCGCCCAAAGACCCUCUGCCUUCCUCACUUGGGCAAAAUUGAUGAUAUCACGUCGGCCCUGCUCAUCAGACGCGAAUCGCCAUGGGAUACCUAUCGCCCCGUGCUUACCUAUAAUGGUGCAGGGCAUGUUACCAUCGCCACUCGCCGCUCUCGUCCUUCUCGUGUGCUUGAACACAAGAACGUGCUCUCCUUGUUGGAAUGUUACCUCGAUGGUGAUUCCGCCUUUGUUCUGGUUGACGAUCUGGCGUUAACUCUCGGCCAUAUCGUUGCUUGCCCAAACUUACGCCCAGCUGAGUUUGAGCUCGGGUGUCUGAUGGCACAGGUUCUCGCUGGUGCAUCGUAUCUGAGUGCAUUUGGGCUGACGCAACCAUUCUUGAAAUGCCAUGACAUACUGUUUGGCCUGGACGGAGUGGUGAAGAUUGCACGUUUGGAAGAGUGUGUGGAUUGCACCACGAGCCAGGCCGAGACGACUUAUAUCGCCGCGGUACCAUCCAUCGUGAUGGAGCUUAUGAUUCCCACUGCCCAGAAUGGGAUUGCAAGCGACACAUCCAGUGGCUCACCCAGCGAGGCCAACAUUGUUCAAUUUCUCAAUGCCACGAGGGGAGAGUCAUCCCUGACCGUCUUGAGACAGCAACCACUUGUCUCCGAGAGGUACCAGACAGAAAUGACCGAAGUCCACAAACGUACUGGUUUUGCGAUCUUGUCAUUCCGGGAAUAUUGA